AUGACAAGUUUUCAACCGAAUGAACAGAUGAACAAACGAAAAUCUAGUAAUUCAUUCAAGGCAAAACCAUUAUCGACUGCAGAUUUCAGCUCGUCUAUCUCAAGUAGGUCAAGCGAGCCGAUGCCCAUACUUGAGUCUUUUUUUAUCGAUACGAAUCCAAAGCACUAUCUUCGUCAUCAACGCCACACUUGUGGCUCACGCAAUCGUAGAACAACAACAAGAAACGGUGUUCAGGACUCGCCUUUCAAACCUCAUCGUCCGGUUGGUGCUGUUCCGAAAAUCCAUGUUAGUUUUCGUCAUCUAUCAUUGGCUGUGGAUGGCUUUGUAUCGCCGGUUGCAGCAGAUCAAGCUGCUUUAGGUCAAACAGGGCGAGAGACUCUGGCUGCUAAGCAACUUCCUACGAUCACAAACCAUGUCCGUGGAGUAUUUGCUGGCCUCACAGCUCGUAAAAGUAUCAUACGUCGUCAGAUUCUCAAAAAUGUGACUGGAGCCUUCACGCCAGGCUCCAUGACGCUUAUACUCGGACGCUCUGGAUCGGGCAAGUCGGUUUUGCUCAAACUUCUCAGCGGACGAUUAGCUGUGUCAAACAAGACAAUGACUUUGCAUGGUGAAAUUGCGUAUAGCGGUCUAUCUUAUCACGACCUAAGGGCACAACUUGCGCGAUGUAUCGCGUAUGUUCCUCAACAAGACUCACAUCUUCCAAUGAUGACGGUAAAGGAAACGCUAGACUUUGCAUUUGAAUGUUGUGCUGUCCGUGUUGACGCGAAACCUGUUGGCGCAGUAUACAAAUCUUCUGCGUUAGAAUUUCCAUUCGCGCUGCCAAUGACGUAUCUUUGCGAAGAGCGAGACCCUAUUUCUGUGACCCGAGAGCUUGGUUUAACACGGUGCCAAGAUACCAUAAUGGGUGAUGAGCGCGUUCGUGGAGUAUCUGGAGGAGAAAAAAAGCGAGUGACAACAGGCGAGAUGACUUUUGGCCCGCAUGCAGUGGCGAUGAUGGAUGACAUAACAAUGGGGCUUGAUAGCUCAGCUGCUUAUGAUGUAGUAAACGCACAGCGCCGGAUGGCUAAAAAGCAACUACAGACAGUUGUGAUUGCACUACAGCAACCAGCGCCUGAAAUUCUAGCACUUUUCGAUAACGUUCUUCUACUUGCGGACGGUGAAGUAUUAUACCAUGGCCCUCGAUGCCAUGUCCAGGCUUACUUUGAGGCUCUGGGCUUUGUUUGUCCUCCAGAGCGUGACCUAACAGAAUUUUUGUGCGACUUAGCCUCUCCGCAGCAGAUUCAGUACGAACACUCACGUGCACCUAUGCCAGGAAGACGCCGACAUCCUCGUCAAGCAAAUGAGUUUGCAGACUUGUGGAUCAUGUCGCCAAUGUACGAAGCAAUGAUCGAGGAGCUGGAUAAAGCUGAAUUUGGCACGGAGGUGUACAGUUUACCGGAUCAUCAAGACGGCGAUCGAGAGCUUGUUUUGGAUCAAAAAGCACUGCUGCAGUUGCCUGCGUUCCGACAUAGCUUUGUACGAAGCACGUGGACAGUAGUCAAACGUCAACUUCGACUAUUUGUACGUAACCAAGUCUUCUUAGUGGGUCGAUUGUUGUUGGAUCUACUCGUCGGCUUGAUGGUGGGAUCUGUUCACUACAGCAUGGAUCUUGCGGACGUCCACUUAACAUUAGGUGUCACCUUUUCCUGUGCUUUGUUUCUUGGUCUUGGUCAAUCAGCGAUCUUGUCACCACUUUUUGACGCACGCAAAGUAUUCUACAAGCAUCGCAGCGCCAACUUCUAUCGCACAUCCAGCUACGUAUUGGCUUCGAGUUUAUCUCAAUUUCCGCUUGCAGUUACAGAAGCCAUCAUCUUUAGCUCACUAGUCUAUUGGAUGGGCGGACUCGUUGCCACCUGGGAAAACUUUCUUGUAUUCUUGGUGUACAUGCUUCUAACUGUUUUAGUCUUUGUUGGCGAAUACUUUUUUCUCUCUGCUGCGUGCUCGUCGUUAUUAGUGGCUCAACCAGCGUCUACAUUAGUACUUCUGAUCUGGGUUCUUUCUGCCGGCUUUGCCGUCUCACGUGAGCAGCUUCCGUGGGCAAUGCGGUGGAUUUAUUGGAGCAAUCCACUUGCUUGGACUACACGUGGGAUUCUAGUAAGUCAGUAUCGCAGUAGUCAAUUGGAUGUCUGCGUAUAUGGUGGCAUUGAUUACUGCAAGAAAUUUGAAAAUCAGACUUUCGGAACUUAUUCUCUCGGGUUGUAUGAGGUUCCGGACGAUCCUAAGUGGGUCAUGCUAGGUAUUGUGUUUCUUGGUAUGGUGUACAUCGUUUCCAUGUGGUCAUCGUACAUUAUGCUGGAAUACUAUAGUCAUGAAUCCUCCCUAGCGUUGCCGCCAGAACUACCGGGUUCGCUUACGAAUCCGAAGAUCACAAGACAACAAAAGGAUUCGUACGCCAUAUUGUCCACACCACAAAGAGACGAGUUUUACGACGUGGCUGGAUUUCCGGAUCGCAAUGAGAUUGUCGUGGUAGAAGAAGAUGGUGGUCUGAACAACUCAUUUUACUUAUCACAAGGAGUCCCAACAAUGAUCGACGAUGUUGAAGUAUGCUUAACGCCUCGAUGGAAUGUGCCACCCGUGACGAUUGCUUUCCAAGAUUUGAGAUACAAAAUAACAGUUCCCGCAACAGAAGCUGAAGAACUUGCUGGGCAACGUUGUGUAGGAGGAGCCCAAGAUCAUCAUCAUGCAGGUAAAAGUACCGAAAAUAAAACUCGCGAGCUCUUGAAAGGGGUCACCGCCUACGCACUACCCGGUCGCAAACGUGGAAAGAUAGGCAGCAAGCAAAAAAAAGGCGUGCCUUCUUUUCAAGGCCGCGUGCUGUUGAACGGCGUAGAUGCCACCGAAGUUGCAGUGCGUCGAUGUACCGGGUAUUGUGAGCAAAUAGAUGUGCACUCUGAUGGAUCUACUUUCCGUGAAGCUUUACAAUUUUCCGCAUAUCUUCGUCAAAGCGACAAGGUGGCACCAGGGCGGAUCGAAGAGAUUGUCACGGAAUGUUUAGAAUUGCUCGGACUUAGCAAUGUAGCUGAUCAGCUCAUUCGUGGCAGCACCUGUGAGCAGCUCAAGCGAUUGACGCUAGGAGUGGAACUGGUAGCGCAAUCGAGCGUGCUUUUUCUGGAUGAACCUACUAGCGGUCUUGAUGCAAGCGCGGCUAAGUCACUUAUGGAUGGCGUACGCAGGGUAGCCGAUUCAGGGCGUACAGUCAUUUGUACCAUUCAUCAACCAUCAACAGAAGUAUUCCUGUUGUUCGACCGUCUUUUAUUAUUGCAACGGGGAGGCGAAACUGUGUACUUCGGCGAGCUAGGACACAAAGGUGAGACGGUAGUUAACUAUUUCCAACAAUUAUCUCUACCACACAGUUUGCCGACUUUUAAAUGCGGAGACAACCCAGCCACGUGGGUGCUAGAUGCAAUCGGAGCUGGUUUUGAGAAAGCCAAGCAUUUUUCUACGAUUCCGACGACGGUGACACAGUCGUCACAUACUGCGACGAAAAAUUCUCGAAUAGAUGCCUCUUUGAAUUCUUCAAUGAAUUCUGAAUGCUCGCACCAACAUCAAGAUGUAAUGUUUGACUUUGCUGCAGCAUAUCGAUCUAGUCGCCUUAAGCAGCUUCUGGAUGCCAAGCAAGCUAUUCCUGGGGUGUUCAUGCCGUCGGACCGCUUAGCGCCUGUGACAUUCGCACAGCGUCGAGCUGCAAGCAAUACUUUACAAUUCAUCAUGCUGAUGCGCCGGUUCUUGCGGCUUUAUUGGCGCACGCCACUCUACUCACUCACAAGAAUGGUGACUGCGUUAGUUCUUGGCUUUAUGUUUGGGAUCGUAUACUCGGGUAAUAUUGAUUUCUCGACGUACCAGGGGGCAAACGGUGCCGUGGGGCUCAUCUUCUUUUCGACGUGCUUUUUAGGCGUCAGCUCUUACGUACAAAUUCUACCGCUUGCAUAUAAUGAGCGUGGACCAUUUUAUCGCGAACGCGACUCUGAAACGUACAGCGCUUUCUGGUACUUUGUGGCAUCAUCUUUAGUGGAGAUACCAUAUGCUGCUGUCUCCUCUACGAUCUUUGUCAGUGUGUUUUAUCCGAUGACAGGCUUCUCUGAACAUGGCGACGUCACUGUAGCUGUAAUAUAUUGGAUGGUUCUGACUAUACACAUUCUAUUCCAGACAUAUUUUGGGCAAUUCUUUACGUUUGCUAUGCCGACCGUUGAGCUUGCUGCAGUAUGGGGUGCACUCUUUGACUCGAUCUUUCUCAUGUUUAUGGGUUACAAUCCGCCGGCUUCGAGCAUUCCGAAUGAAUACAAAUGGUUGUCCCAACUCGUGCCACAUCGCUACACGUUUGAAAUGCUCACUGCGCUCGUUCUCGGGGACUGUUCCGAUAACCAGUUGCAGCAAAUUGCAGAGGCUGCAACUAUGAACGCGACAAUCGACGUUUCGAGCUACCCACUGGGAUGCCAACUGCUUAGAGAUGCACCGCCCGCUGUAGCCAAUAUACCUUUGUCCUUGUAUAUUGACGAAGUGUUUAAUGCACGUCGUUUGGACAUGAACUUCUCGUUAGCUGUCGUCAUGGGGCUUCUUCUUUUUAUGCGUCUUGUAACCUUGGUUGUCAUGCGUAUCAUCGAUUUUAAGCGACGAUAA